CGCUAUACGGAUAAAUAAAGAUCGCACCUACUCCUUAUGAGUUGAGCGUUGGAAAUUUUCAAUUUGUAAGAGUGUCAUAAUGACUGUGAUAUUUUGCAUCUUGGUUUCUUCUUUGUUGGCGUAUGGAGACUGUUCACCUCCAAGAUCUCCUUUCGAUUGGAAUUCAGAUCUUAUCAAUGUCCAUCAGGCUGUCACUUACUUGAACAGCAUCAAAGGAAGAACGUGGACAGCAGGACCCAAUGGUUUUGGUAAAUAUUUGAGUAUGUCGCAACAAAAACAUCGGAUGGGAUCUUUCACCGCAGAGAUCAAUAUGAAUGGACCAUCAGUAAAUGAAAUUCCCAUCGCCCCAGAAACUCGUACAAGCGAUACCAAUAAAAAUAAAGAAGAAAAUCAUGUAUACAGUUACGACGACUUACCAGAUAAUUACGAUGCCAGAAAAAUGUAUCCUCACUGCACAACCAUAUCCACUAUCCAAGACCAAUCUUUAUGCGGAUGUUGUUGGGCAGCUUGUACAGCAGCAGCUUUCAGCGAUCGAUUGUGUAUCCAUAGUAAAGGCAUGAUCAAUGUGAAUAUAUCAAUUAAUCAUUUAAUGACGUGCGCAAAAACAGAACGUCUCCACGGCUGUCAUGGUGGAUGGGAGGAAGAAGCUUGGAAGUUCAUAAAAGAGAACGGUGUAGUCAGUGGCGGCCAAUAUGGAACGUUUGAUGGAUGUCAACCAUUUUUGAUAAAACCGUGCUCUCAAAAAUAUCAUAUGCCUUGCGAUGAUGUUGAUGCGGCACUGACACCAAUUUGUAGAAAAAACAAAUGUUCCAACGAAUGGCAUGAACCAGAAGGAAAACUUUAUAAAGCUAAAUAUACAUGGAUGAUGUCAGGCAAUGCAACGAAUCCAAAUAACGAAUAUGACAUACGUCGUGAGAUUUAUCGUAAUGGUCCAGUUACAGCAGCUUUUAAAGUUUAUCCACCCUUUUCCUUCUAUAAAUCAGGAAUAUUCAAUGUCGACUUGAAAGACUGGGAAGAACCAAGAAAUGGCCAUGCUGUUCGCAUCGUAGGUUGGGGUGUUGAAAAUAAGAUUCCAUAUUGGCUCAUAGCUAAUUCAUGGGGAAAAGAAUGGGGAGAAAGUGGACUUUUCCGAAUGCUGAGAGGAUCAAAUUACUGCCAAAUCGAAUCGUUUAUCAAUAGUGGCAUUCCAGACAUACCACAGGACAUCAAUUAGAUUUUACUUUAAUCUGAAUUGCUAAUAAAUUAUUCAGAAAAUAAUGUACCUACAACUUUUAAAGUAUAUUGUGAACUUUUUCCUUCCAUAUGAAUUCCAAAUACACCUUAAAUUAUGAACA